AUGUGGCGAAGAAGCUCCGCCUUCAUUGUGACCAGCGAGCCUGGACUGCGGCGGCUGGCAGCAGCGCUGUCACGGGAGCUGCAGGCGGGCGAUGUUUAUUUGCUGUUUGGUGAUGUGGGCGCUGGCAAGAGCGCAUUCAGCCGCGCCUUCAUUCGCGCUGCGACGGAGGACCCCUACUUGACAGUGCCGUCGCCGACUUUUCUGCUGCAGCAGUUAUAUGAGGAUCACGAAGGUCCCCCCAUCCAUCACUUUGACCUGUACCGGCUAGAGCCUGGCCCCGGCAUGGGCCGGCUUGACCUGGGCACCUCGUUCUCGUCCGCGGUCUGCUUGGUGGAGUGGCCUGAGCGGCUGGCGGCGGGUGACGUUCCGCAGCAGCGGCUAGAGCUACGGAUAGAUAUUGUAGGAGAGGCCGAGCAGCAGCAGCUUGAGAGGGAUUGGGGCCCUGCGGCGAGCAGCAGGGGCCAAAGCGCGAGCACAAGCAGCACAGUCGUGCGCAACGGCAGCAGAACCGGCAGCGUUGCGCUGGCUGCAAACAGCGGGGCUGGCUGGAGUGAAGACCAGGCGGAUGUGGACCCCGGCAGCCGCAAGGGGGAUGCCAUUGGUGGUUAUAGCAACAAUGGCGACGACUCUGCAGAUGAUUAUGAUGAUGAUGAGGAGGAGGACAGUCCUUAUACUGACCGUCGGUGGCGGCGCGUCGUGGCCACGGCGUUUGGGGAGCGAUGGCGCGCGCGGCUGGUGCAGCUGCAGGGGCUGGCGCGCGGCGGGGCCCUGUCGGGGCGGAUCAAGGUUGUGGAAAAUGUGCCCACAGCACCUGCUGAGGCAGCACCGGAUCAAGAGCGGUGA